UAAUGAUGCCAAAUAUGAAUAAUGACCCAUACAUGUCAAAUGGAUCUCUCUCUCCACCCAUUCCGAGAACAUCGAAUAAAGUGCCCGUGGUGCAGCCCUCCCAUGCGGUUCAUCCUCUCACCCCCCUCAUCACUUACAGCGACGAGCACUUUUCUCCAGGAACACACCCGUCACACAUCCCAUCAGAUGUCAACUCCAAACAAGGCAUGUCCAGACAUCCUCCUGCUCCUGAGAUCCCUACCUUUUACCCGCUGUCUCCGGGUGGAGUUGGGCAGAUCACCCCACCGCUUGGCUGGCAAGGUCAGCCUGUAUAUCCCAUCACGGGAGGAUUCAGGCAACCCUACCCAUCCUCACUGUCAGUCGACACUUCCAUGUCCAGGUUUUCCCAUCACAUGAUUCCUGGCCCUCCGGGUCCCCACACAACUGGCAUCCCUCAUCCAGCUAUUGUGACGCCUCAGGUCAAGCAGGAGCACCCCCACACUGACGGGGACCUGAUGCACGUGAAGCCUCAGCACGAACAGAGAAAGGAGCAGGAGCCCAAAAGACCUCACAUUAAGAAGCCUCUGAACGCUUUUAUGUUAUACAUGAAAGAAAUGAGAGCAAAUGUGGUGGCCGAGUGUACUCUGAAAGAAAGUGCAGCUAUCAACCAGAUCCUAGGCAGGAGGUGGCACGCCCUCUCCCGAGAAGAGCAGGCGAAGUAUUAUGAACUAGCGCGGAAGGAGAGGCAGCUUCAUAUGCAGCUGUAUCCUGGCUGGUCGGCGAGAGACAAUUAUGGUAAGAAAAAGAAGAGGAAGAGAGAGAAACUACAGGAAUCCACAUCAGGUACAGGUCCAAGAAUGACAGCUGCCUACAUCUGAAACAUGGUGGAAAACGAAGCUCAUUCCCAACGUGCAAAGCCAAGGCGGCGGCCCCGGGACCCCUCCUGGAGAUGGAAGCUUGUUGAAACCCAGACUGUCUCCACGGCCUGCCCAGCCGACCCCAGAGGAGAACUGGCACCACCUUCACCCUGAGGUCACCGCUAGAGACACUGAUCCACAGAGACAAUCACUGCCGAACCCCUUUCAUCCACUGCAAGAGCCAAGGUCCAAAAUAAAGUGUAAAAAGUUUUUUAAAAGAAAAUUCAGCAGCACAUGAGAAUGCCAGCAGGCCCUGGGUCCGCUGAGCCACUCUCCUCCCUGCGUGUCCGCCGUGCACUUCCCAGAGCCUCUUGCAUCCAUACCUGUCACCUCUUGGCAAGGAUGGUGACUUGGCUGCCCCCGCGGGCCUCGAGCACCUGGAGCCAGCAGCCAGCGCGGCCGUCAGCGUCCCCGCGGGAACGUGUGGCCGAGUUCCCUCUAUGUCUCCGUCUUCACUUUUCCUUCUCUGCCUUUCUCCUGAAGCUUUUAUUUAACAGCGCAAAAGGAUCAAGUUUGCUUCCUUUUUUUUUUAAACUUGAAUAUUUUUUUAAUUUACACUUUUUAGUUUUAAUUUUCUUGUAUAUUUUGCUAGCUAUGAGCUUUUAAGUAAAAUUCAAAGAUCUGAAAAAGUUGGGAAUAAAAAGGGACUGAAAAGAAGCCACUGUUUUUUGGGCAACAUCUUGUCCAGUAAGUGGCCACGUCCACUCUGCUGGUUGCAGUCGGCAGUGCUAUUCCAUUUUAUUUUUCUUCGGAUCUCGUUUUUGUUUUUUUUAAUGGUAAACCUUAACAGAUACUUUCGGUAGUCCAGUUUGCAGUGAAUUUUCAUUUCUUUCCUUCUCACCCCUUCUUGUAAAAAGCCCAGCACUUGAAUUGUUAUUACUUUAAAUGUUCUGUAUUUGUAUCUGUUUUUACUAGCCAAUUAGUGGGAUUUU